AUGAGUGACCCACUUUCGAUAGCAGCGUCUGUUACUGGACUGGUCGCAUUUGGGUUGAAGACCUGCACUGCAGUGACGAGCUAUCUAGACGCCUUCAAGAGCAGUAACCAAGAAGUCGAGUCAGCCAAACAGCAAGCACAAGGGAUGUAUAACCUGCUCGCAACGGUCGAGAAAUCAAUCGCCAAAAUCUCGCCCAUUCACCAAUCGUCGACAUCAGCUGUGAGAACAUGCAUCGCAACGUGUGAGAAGGAGGUUGUAGCACUGGAGAGCCUAGUUUCCGAACUGCAGGGCUCCACGUCCGGGAGCCAUGAUAGCCGCAUCACACUUAGCAUGAAAGAACAGGGACAGAAGCUCACAUACGCAUUCCACCGCUCGAGACUUGAGAAACUGCAGGCUCAGUUGGCCAAGGUCAUAGGAACGCUCCAGACGGCCCUGCAAGUGGCUGGACUAGACGUUGCUGUCGGCAUCGAGUCGACCAUCAUGACCAUGCAACAGUCGACCUUGCCCAACAUUCAGGAACAGCUUGAUAACACUGCACCUCAGAUCAUGGCCAAUGCUGCUCAGCUCACGGACAAGAUACUCGAGAAAACCCGGCUCAUUGAGGAUGUAUUUCCUCUUCUGAAGGACCUUGCUUGCGACCAGAAAAAGCAGUUGGAGUUGAUAAGCUAUCAACAAGCUGUCGGCCGUCUCAUAGCGAAGCCAUCACAAUUGAGGAAGCUGUGCCAGAUGAUCGAUGACCAAACAUCCAAUACAAUCUCGAACGACACCACACUUCCAGGUCCGGUAUCACAAUCAAUCACCCCUCCCGGCGGGAAGACUGAUCAUCUUGAGCUAUUCCAACCACUUCAUUCGAGUUGCCUGUCCUUCUCAACCAGCUUCGGCGCUGGUGGCUUCAGCCUGAGUCCAAAAUUCACCUACUACCCUUCUGUCGACAGCUCAACGGCACCUGUCUUCCGUAUAUUCAACAUGUUGCACUGGUUCCUGAAUCUCUUCCCAUGGAAUGCAGACGGAGCAACGGAAACAUGGACGGCGACUUUUCUGGAAUUCGUUGAUCUCUGCAUUGCCGAUAUAAUUCUUCUCUACCGGGACGGGAAAGCCGCGCCGAAGGCAAUCGACGACCGUGGACGCUCGGUUAUGCAUCACUUGACACAAAGCAAGGUCCGUCAACUGCUCGAGGCAUAA